AUGAGUUCCAAACCUCGUCGUGGUCAAUGGCUUCCCUCCGACCCUAAAGUUCUUGAUGAAUGGUUAGACAACUUGAUCAAAGAAGUCAAAGCCGACCCGAUCUGCCAAGCAAAGUUAAAGGCGAUUGAGGAUCAACACCCUCCAGCUGAAGACGAAGAAAAAGCUGAGGUAGCCAUGGUUAAGCUUCCACCUCCACCUCCUCCUGCAGACGAACGGUGCCGUCUCCAUCCACCGGUUGAAGAGUUGAAGAAUGCCAUUCUUACCGACCCUGAGAUCAACAUGUUUUUCCAUCAAAUGUUCUGGCAACAGUAUUUUCUCCCAGAUUCUUCACAAGGAGUCAAAAUUCCGACCUGGCAGUUGAUGAUUUUGUUGAUCGACCGCAUCAUGACAAAAGCUCCUAAGUUCAACGGCUCUGAUUUGGUUGGCUUCCCCAUCAAUGUAAUCUUGAACUGGCCGAUGAAUACCACUGCUGGCUUUGCUGCUUUCCUGAACGACAAAGUCAACAAUUACUUCAAGGCGAUUCUCAACUACUGGGCAGAAACCUGGCUGAACACUCCAAACUCUUGCUCUGUUCUGACCACGGACCCUGGAGGUUGGUUUAGCGAAGAGGCAAUGAAGAAAAUGCCAAACUUUGUUGAAGAAUUUGAAUGCCACCCAGAGCAACCCCAUUAUGGCUUUAAGUCAUGGGACGAUUUUUUUACCAGAAAGUUUCGGACGAAACCUGAUGUUCGUCCAGUAGCAUCCCCAGACGACGAUUACAUUGUUGCAAAUGCCUGUGAAUCGGCGCCGUACAAGUUGGCUAGAAACGUUAAGCACAGGGACUUCUUUUGGAUAAAAAAGCAGCGAUACUCGUUGGAUUUCAUCCUGAACGGGAAAGAAAAAGCCCAGCCAUUUUAUGGUGGAACCGUGUACCAAGCAUUUCUGAGCGCCUUCAGUUACCACCGAUGGCACAGCCCCGUGACUGGUGAAAUCGUUGGAACGGAGCUUGUGGAUGGUUCCUACUACUCGCAAACCCACAACAUCCAGGACGACCCAGCAUCACCCAACAUGUCACAGGGAUACAUUGCUCAGGUAGCCGCCCGGGGUAUUGUUUACAUUAAAGCUAAAAACCCUCAUAUUGGCUUGAUGUGCUUCGUAUCAAUCGGUAUGUCAGAAGUGUCUACCAACGAAAUCACUGUUAAGAAAGGGGAUAAAGUAAAGAAAGGUGACCAGCUUGGCAUGUUUCACUUUGGUGGCUCCACACAUUUGCUGAUAUUCCGCCCAGAAGUGGACAUCGAGUUUGAUCUUGGAGGUCAAACACCAGGUCUGGAUUCACAUAAUAUCAACGUCAAAGCUAAGAUUGCUGAAGUGAAAAAGCCAAAGAAGUGA